AUAACAUUCGAAUACUCUCUCCGAUGUAUCGCGCUCGGGAUUUAUGACGAAUGACGAAUCUCAGUCAGAGUUUAUAGUAUUUCCGCGGAGAUGGACUGCCUUGUCUCAAUCUGAACGUCUCAGUCUUCGGAAUCCGGAAUUCUAAGACGAUGCCCAAAGACCGCGUCAUGUUCCGAGAACUCAGAAGGAUCGACCCGAUCCUCAUGAAACGGUGCAAGAACGCCAUCGUUGAGUCGAACGGCCGGAUUCUCGAUGCUGAUGACCUAACAGAUGUGCUGCGUCGGAAGUUUCCUGAAUACGAUCGACGGAAAAGAGCGAUAUUCCGCUCCCACGUGGUGGAGUACUUCCGCGUGUUGGAUGUCGACGAGGAGCUAGCGGAGGCGAAUAGAAGCGUGAACAACAAUGCAAACAAGGCCUUGACAAACUUGUACUCAGCACCGAAGGAUGCUGAGGGAGAUUCCAAGAAGAGCGGAGCCAGCAAUAAAAGGAAGGCAGAAGCAGAUGUUGACGGAGAAAUUGAGCAAGCCUUGGUGAAGAAAAGAAAAAGAGAGCGGGAGAAAGAAGUUCCAUUGUUGACACCUACGAUAACCUUUGCUGACAUGGGAGGCAUGGAGAAAGAGCUCGUCGAAAUUGUGCAUCUCCUGACGCACCUGAAGCAUCCCGAAAUCUACAGCAAUUUCGGCAUAUUGCCCCCGAGAGGUUUCCUGAUUCAUGGUCCUCCCGGCUGCGGGAAGACGAUGUUAGUCUCCGCGAUCGCAGGACAAUUGAAGCUUCCCCUCCUGAAAGUGUCAGCGCCCGAAAUAGUGGCCGGAGUUUCCGGGGAAUCGGAGCAACGGAUCCGCGAACUGUUUGAACAAGCUGUGAACGCCGCACCGUGCAUUUUCUUCAUUGAUGAGAUCGAUGCCGUGACUCCAAAAAGAGAAAAUGCGCAGAGAGAAAUGGAGAAAAGGAUUGUUGCUCAGCUUCUGACUUGCAUCGACGACCUGAGCUCUCGGGAACUUGAAAACGAGGUACUGCUGGUUGGAGCCACACAUCGCCUCGAUAGCCUCGAUCCGGCUCUGCGUCGAGCGGGUCGAUUCAACCGCGAAGUUUCGCUCGGUAUCCCCACCGAAGCUUCGAGAUCGUCAAUAUUGCGAGUUUUGUGCAGAUCGCUCCGUCUCGAGAACGAUUUCGAUUUCGACCACAUCGCGCACCUUACACCAGGGUUCGUUGGAGCGGAUCUUCAAGACCUCACCCGGGAAGCGACAUCUCUCGCAGUGAAAAGACUGAUCAAAUCCAUCGAGACGAGGCUCGAAGACGGCGGGGCGGGACCACGAUCCCUUCUGGAACAGAGUAUCAGGACACUCAUGUCGGACUGGAAUCUCAGUCAAGAAGAACUGAACGAGCUUAAAAUUUUCAAGCAGGAUUUCUUGGAUGCAAUCCAACUCGUUCAACCAUCAGCUAAACGAGAAGGUUUCGCUACGGUCCCAGACGUGACUUGGAAAGACGUCGGUGCCAUGAAAGACAUUCGAGAAACUCUAAACAUUUACGUUCUGUCGGCAGUGAAGCAUAGAGAACGAUACGAAGCUCUGGGUCUCAACACAUCCACCGGCAUCUUGAUGCAUGGACCUCCGGGGUGCGGGAAGACGCUGAUCGCCAAAGCUGUGGCCAACGAAAGUGGCAUCAAUUUCAUAUCUGUGAAAGGUCCAGAGCUCCUGAAUAUGUACGUGGGUGAGAGUGAAAAAGCGAUCCGUCAGGUAUUCCAGAGAGCUAGGGCCUCGGCUCCAUGCGUGAUAUUUUUCGAUGAGCUAGAUGCACUCUGUCCGCGGCGCUCUGAAUCCGGAGACGGGGGCUCAACUUCUCGAGUCGUAAACCAACUCCUCACAGAAAUGGACGGGCUGGAGGCACGCAAGCAGGUAUUCGUUCUCGCCGCCACGAAUCGGCCCGAUAUAAUCGAUAAAGCGAUGCUGCGACCCGGUCGCUUGGAUCACAUCAUUCACGUGGGUCUACCCAACAGAGAUGAUAGAGAAGACAUACUUCGCGCCUUGACUAAAAACUCCACUAAACCGAAAAUAGAGGGGAUCAGUCUCGCAGCGAUCGCAGAUCUCACCGAAGCUUUCUCUGGUGCCGAGCUCGCAUCUUUGGUCAAAACGGCCUCUAUAAGUGCUUUGACCCAACAGCUCAGAGCAGAUCCCACGAAAGCUGUGAUCUUGAAUGAAAAUCAUUUCCUCGAGGCAGUCGAUAAAAUGAGAACCUCCAAAUUGAGAACGACAGAGAAGAGAAUAAAAUUUGCCUGA